UGGAUGUUAAUCUACACAGAGUCCUCUCCUGAAAACUGUUUAUUUGGACAGAGCGAGAGUGUUGUGUCAGCUUUUGUUCAUGAGCACCUCUCGCAUCCUGUAUUGCACACAAAGGCCAUUUGGUAGAGCUGAAACUAAGAGCUUGCAGAUUACAUACUCUACCAAGACAUAUGAAGUCCCCCUCCGGCACGGCCAGCAUGGGCACUCAGAGAAAAGACAGUUUCCUCUAUGGGAAAGCUCCAGGUGUCAUUCAAACAGAAAAAAAGCAGACUGAUGGCACGAAGAUCCAAAAGAAUGACAUUCUAGAAGACAUCCAGAAGCUCAGGUUUGACAUUAAAAAUGUGCUGACUGAAAUCCACACCAUGGAGUCCAACCAGGAGAAUAAAAACGUUGUGAGGGCGAAGAGGUUCCUGUGUGGGAAGAAGAAAUUUAACAUGGACCCCGUGAAGGGAAUGAAGUACCUGCUGAAUAACGAUCUGCUGGACAAUACUCCCGAGGCAGUGUCGGAGUUCCUGUACAAAGAGGAAGGCCUCAGUAAAACGGCCAUAGGCAUCUUUCUUGGGGAGAGAGAAGAAUUCCACCUGCAGAUCCUCAAAGCUUUCGUAGAUCUUCACGAGUUUUCAGACCUGAACCUGGUGCAGGCUUUACGGCAGUUUCUGUGGAGUUUCCGGCUCCCUGGUGAAGCUCAGAAAAUUGACCGGAUGAUGGAAGCUUUUGCCCAGCGAUACUGCACCUGUAAUAUAGGAGUCUUUCAGUCCAUAGACACAUGCUACAUUCUGUCUUUUUCCAUCAUAAUGCUGAACACCAGCUUACACAACCCCAACGUGAAGGACAAGCCAUCACUAGAGCGCUUUAUUAGUAUGAACAGAAGCAUCAACAACGGCGGAGAUCUUCCAAGUGACCUCCUUACGAAACUGUUCGAGAGCAUUAAGAGUGAACCGUUUAAAAUCCCAGGGGAUGAUGGGAAUGACCUCACUCACACUUUCUUCAAUCCUGACCGUGAGGGCUGGCUGUUAAAAGAAGGGGGAAGAGUGAAAACAUGGAAGAGGAGGUGGUUCAUUUUGACGGACAGCUGCCUAUAUUACUUCCAGUACACCACAGACAAAGAGCCAAAAGGGAUCAUCCCGCUGGAGAAUCUGAGUGUGAAGGAGGUGGACGACCCACAUAAACAGUUCUGUCUGGAGCUCUUCAAUCCUCAAUGCAAGGGGCAGAAGAUAAAGGCGUGUAAGACGGAUCCGGACGGCAGGGUGGUGGUGGGGCAACACCAGUCUUACCGGAUCUGUGCUGCUUCUGCUGAGGAGUGCACAGACUGGGUCGAAGCCAUCAGAGCGUGCAUAACUAAAGACCCCUUCUACGACCUGGUAUCCGCACGGAAAAGGAAAGUCAUCAAUAACGGCAACCCAGAGCCUCAGCAGUGAGCUUCAAAACUAAUGCAAACAUCUACUUAAUAUGGAGCUACAGAAAUCAACCUGGUUAGCUUGCAUCAGCUAUGCUGACAACAUAUCAGUCUGUGAGCAGACUGAAUUAAUCAAGUUAAAGGGUUAAUGGAGAAUUCAAUCAAGUUAUAUUAUUAAGGUUGAAUAAGUUGUAAAUAGGUUUUGAAUGAUUGGUUUCAAAGAAGCCAAUCUUAAUCCCUUACAGUGAUGGAGAGUGGAAUGUCUGAGGUGUUUAAAGCAUCUAAGUCUUAUUUAAAAUGACAAUAUAAUAAUAUAAGAAGUAUUAUAGACGUGAGCCAAUGUAGUGUUAGAAGACAUGCCCAAGGAGUCUUACUGGUAUAAUGCAGCAUAGUCACCCAGAGGGGGAAUUGAACCCCAGUCUCCCACAUAGGAGAGAUCAGCAUUAUAUAUAUAAAAACACACUGUAUAGGUUUACAAGUCUCUUUAGGUUGUUAAACCAAUGGUUGUAUCUGUGGUUUAUAACAAAUUGCAUUUAUAUAUGUUUCAUUUUAAGCAAAAUUAGAAAGGAACAGGGGUGUCGCCAUAUAAACAAGCACUGGAUGAUAAUCUACACAGAUUUCUCUCCUGAAAACUGUUUAUGUGGUUGAGUAAAGCGCUUUUGCUUGUUUACAGUAAUCUUAUAUUUCCAGAUUUCCACUAAGGUCGGGUGCAGCAGCAUUAGCAUUAGUGGCUAACCGCUAGCUGCCAGACAGUGCUACACUGAGGAACCAUACAUAAGGCGCACCAGAUGUUUGGGAAAAUGAAAAAAAAAAAAGUGCUUUAUAGUGCGAAAAAUACGGUAAAUAAAAUGAACAUGCUAGCCGAUGUUUAAACUCACUCACAAGAAAACACAUCACAACUUUUAACAAUCAAACCAACCAAUCUAAAGGAUUUUCCGGUGUGACGUUAUGACAAGGCAGAGUUUCUUCAGAAACGCUGAUGUAGCAAAAACAACGAAAGUAAAAAAACCCUAAAACCCAAAAACCACUGUCAAAAUGACAUCACUGGCUCCCAUUUACUUCCUUUCCCUGUUAGCCACAUUAGCAUGUUUGCAUUAGCAUUAGCAUCUACUUUAGAGAAAGAGCUUCCAGUCAAUCACAUAGGAAGGUGGCUAAAGCGAGGUCUAACCCAGUGACCGGACUUCACACCCACUCUCUCACUUCCCACUCUCUACACAGGCCUUCUGUGGGGGCUGUGCUGAGUUAAGUAAGCGUAGUCAGCAGAGGCGUGAGAAAUCAUUGUCAUAUUUAAUUUGAGGCUUCCAAGAAGCGGAGCUUUGAAGCAGUACCCUGAAUUUCACUUCCACUGCGGUUCCUGUGCAUGAGCAUCUGCUUAUUACAAAAACUCAGCACACUUAUAGCAGCAGAGCAUAGGAGAUGCUGCACAGAAACCUACAGCUGUGCUUCAUUAGCUCCAAGCAGCUCAGUGCAGCAGUGUGUAAUUCUGUAUGUAGGUUAAAAGGUUCUCAGCUAAACUUAUUUUACAUACAGUUAUUACUGCAGGGCUUCAUAUGGACUGAUUGUGUUUGUUGUGUGUUAUAAGGUGUUUAAAAGGAUACACAUGCCUUUCAUGACAGCUGACUUAUUCAAAAUGCGUAUUCUAACAAGUGUUGCUGAGGUAAAAUUACAGCAAAGUUGACAAGAUAAAAGUAUAGUUGUACCCGCAUUUGUUGAAAUAAGCCUUUAUUAAGUAUUAUGAAGGUUUUGUACUGUACUCUCAAAAUAAAGGUUCUAUUAAGGGUUCUUUGAUCAAACUCUAUCCUGAAAAUGUCAAAUAAAAUUAAUGAUAUUAUUAUUAUUAUUAAUAUUCAUAUUAAUAUGGUUUUAAAAAAUAUUCAUUAUUUUUUUUGUUCAUAAGGUCAAAUCAAAUAAACUGUCCAGUUUUAAAGACUUUUUUUAAAUUCUGGAGAACUCUACAAGAUUUCAGCCUUAAAAACAUAUAACAUAACUUUUAAACAAUAUAUACAUAAUAACAGUAUUAUAUAUUACAUUUGAUAUAUUUACAUACACAAUGAAUUGUAUGAAUUAAAAUAUAAAAUUGUAUACAUGUUUUCUGUUCCCUGCUGGAUUAUCUGUGCAUUGUAAGCACCAAAAUACACAAAAAUAAAUUAAUUGUGAAAAAAAGCAAAGUAUAAGAGGUUAAUAUUUUUUUUAUAUGCUUUAUAAAAGCAUAUUAUUUUAAAACUUUAUUAACAUAUCAAAUGUGAUACAAAAUAUAAUUCUUGUAUAUAUUUUUUCUGAUCUGAAAGUCAAAUCAACGGUCCAAUUUUAAUGUUUUUUUAGUAUUUUGACUUCUUUAAACAUCUUAAAGGUUCUUCACACAUAUACCUCCUUUAAAAUGGUUCUUCUUUGAUGUUUCAUUUUCUUUUUAUAUUCUGUACUUUUAAUAACUGUAUCUUUUAUCAAAGUUAACAGCAUAUUUUUGCCAUGUCAAUGUUGUAAUGUACAAAUUUGCCAGUUGUGUAAUUUACGAUGUCCCCAAUAAGCUUAAAAAGAAUUUAUAUUGCACUAUAAAUGAUUUAUUUAUUAAAAAUGUUCUGUAUUAAA